AUGGGCUUCUUCCUCGGAGCACUUGAAGAUCGGCAGCCUUUCCCAGGCGAUCAGCUGAUCCUUCGGCAGUACAGUGAGCAUCGCCAGUACAUUUUUAUCCUUCCUCCUCCACCGAGAGACAGACAACUGAAAGCCCGAGAGACCGAAACCCGAAAGCCCGAGAGACCGAAAGCCCGAGAGACCGAGAAACCGAAAGCCCGAGAGACAGACCCCGAGCCCGAAAGCCCGAGAGACCCCGAGACCGAAAGCCCGAAACCCCAGCACCUGGACACUUUGCUGCGGUCGCUGGUGCUGGGCCAGCUGGGGAUGUACGGCGACGAGGCCAUCGUGGGCGAGGCCAGGCGGCGUCUCGGGGCGCACGUGGCCAACGCCUCCACCCUGCCGGCGGACCUGCGCUCGCCCGUCUACAAGACCGUCAUGUCCCAGGCCGACGAGAAGACGUUCGACCAGAUGCUCAAGCUGUACCGCGAGGCUGACCUGCACGAGGAGAAGGACAGGAUCUCCAGGUCGCUCGGCGCCACCAGGGACCCCAACCUCAUCCAGCGCGUCCUGCAGUUUGCCAUUUCCGACGAAGUGAGGAACCAGGACACGGUCUUCGUCAUCAUCAGCGUGGCCAUGACCGCCCCCGGACGCUCCGCCGCCUGGGCCUUCUUCAAGAAACACCACGAGGACUUGGUCGACAGAUACGAGGGCGGCUACCUGGUGACGCGCCUCAUCAAGUACAUCACCGAGAACUUCGCCACCGAGGAGAUGGCGAGCGAAGUGGAGGCGUUCUUCCAGGAGCGACUGAUCCCCGGCACGGAGAGGACGGUGCAGCAGAGCCUCGAGACCAUUCGCUUGAACGCCGCUUGGUUGCAGAGGGAUCAGGACGCCAUCAAGAAGUACCUUACGGAGCUCGAGGGUUAGGGUGU